AUGGCGCAGGGCGCGGUAGGGUCGUAUUCGAACCCGCUGAAGAAGUUCAAACUCGUAUUCUUGGGCGAACAAAGUGUCGGCAAGACGUCCCUGAUAACCCGCUUCAUGUACGACUCCUUCGACACCACCUACCAAGCCACCAUUGGCAUCGACUUCCUCUCAAAGACGAUGUAUCUAGAAGACCGUACUGUGCGGCUCCAGCUCUGGGACACGGCCGGCCAAGAACGGUUUCGCAGUUUAAUCCCUAGUUACAUCCGCGACUCGUCCGUCGCGGUCGUCGUCUACGACGUCUCAUCGCGCAAAACGUUCGAACAGACGAGAAAAUGGGUCGAUGAUGUGCGGGGCGAGAGGGGCAACGAUGUUAUCGUCGUGCUAGUGGGGAACAAGACGGACUUGGGCGUGGAAAAGAGAGAGGUUACCACCCAGCAGGGGGAGGAGGAAGCGAAGCGGGCAGGAGCCAUCUUUAUGGAGACAUCCGCGAAGCUGGGGCACAAUGUCAAGGCGCUGUUUAGGAGGAUAGCGCAGGCGCUGCCUGGCAUGGAGGGCGAAGCCGAGCAGCAACCGAACCCACAGAGUGAGUCCUAUUGGCGAACCGCGGGAUUGACACAAGACUGA